CUUGACCACGUUCACUUUUCUGGCAACCGUUAUGGCCAAGCACGUCAAGGACCCCAUCAUCCUCUCUAUCGCGCACAAUCUCAACGGUGUACCAUGGUGCGAAGAAUACGAAAAGAUGGUUUCUGGUAUGAUGUACGACCCACUCCACCCCAAACUCCUACAAGGCCGCCAUCGAGCUCGUUGCCUCGCCUACGACUUCAACAACCGAGAUCCACGAACAGAACAGUACGUCGAGAAGCAAUCCGACGCCAUCGAAAAGAUGUUGGGAAAAGUCGGCCCAGGGACGUUCAUAGAACCGCCAUUCAGACCAGAUUACGGAUGUAAUAUCAUAAUCGGGAAGAACUUCUUUGCGAAUUUCAACCUAACGAUCCUCGACACCUCCCUAGUUAUCAUCGGCGAUCGCGUUCAGAUGGGUCCAAAUGUUGCCUUGUACACCGCUGGACACAGCACGAGCGUGCUUUCCCGUAUCAAAUUCGUCGAGUACGGACUUCCAAUACGGAUAGAGGAUGAUUGUUGGAUUGGCGGCGGGGUUAGUGUCAUGCCUGGCGUGACCAUCGGACGUGGAAGUACGAUAGGUGCUGGUUCGGUUGUUACGAGGGAUAUUCCUCCUUAUUCGGUGGCAAUUGGAAGUCCAACGAAGGUGAUUAAGACCUUGAAGACGGUAGAGGAGGAAAGACAAGAUCCCAAUAAUCCCUAUAGAGAUUUGCCUGACAGGAUGUAAAAGUUCAAUAAUAUUAUGGAGCUGUAUGAUAGGGAGUUUGCGCACCCGAAACGC